UAUACUUGUACUUCUAAUGGCCGUGGCUGUGCUUUGGUAAUGUAGACCACAGCCUGCAUCACGGCUGUUUGGUGUUCAGGAAGUGUCCGGUCAGCUGAGCGGAGCAUUGACAGGUCUGUGGGUCUGUCUGUCGGACGUCUGGCUCCAGGACGAUGUGAUCAAAAACCAGAGAUGUAAAGACCGGGAUCUGGCUUGGCUUGGCUUUGCUGUCGGGACUGUUGUGUCAUUUGUUUCAUCCGUUGGACAGUUACGCAUAAAGAUGCCUCUUGUACCUGUUGUGCCAGAGAGCCAUGGAAAUGUUCUGGCAGAGUUUGACUGCCUUGAUCCACUUCUGUCUGCUCUACGUUUAGACUCUGGCAGGCUUAAGUGUACCUGUCUGGCAGUUUCAAGGAAGUGGCUUGCAUUAGGCACAUCAGCAGGAGGGCUGCACCUGAUUCAGAGGGAGGGAUGGAAACAAAGGCUCAUCCUCACCCAUAAGGAAGGAUCCAUCACUCAGGUGGCCUGUUGCCCUCAUGAUGAAGACUUUAUUGCUGUUGCAACAAGUCAGGGUCUAGUGGUUGUGUGGGAACUGCAGCUGGAGCGGCGGGGUCGUCCAGAGAGGGUCAGUGUGUCUUGGGAGCACAAAGGGCAGAACAUCACCGCACUCUGCUGGGACACCAGUGCCCUCAGAGUUUUUGUUGGUGACACAGGAGGCAAGGUGUCAUAUCUGCGAGCAGGAUCCUCUAAACUGGGAAAGGGUUCAGCAUUCGUCAUCUUUCCUGUUCAGACGGUCACAACAGUGGACUCCAGAGUUGUUCAGCUUGGGUACCAAGAUGGCCGACUGCUGGUAUCAUCUCUAAGUCGUUGCUACCUCUGUGACACAGACAGGGAGAAGUUCUGGCGUGUUGGAAAUAAAGAGCGUGAUGGAGAGUAUGGAGCUUGUUUUUUUCCUCAGAGUAAGGGAUUAUUAGUGGGUCAGCCUCCCUUGCUAUACUGCGCUCGGCCGGGGUCUCGCAUAUGGGAGGCCAAUUUUAAUGGCGAGGUCUUGAGCACGCAUCAGUUCAAACAGCUACUGGCCUGUCCUCCCUUACCCCUCAUCUCUUACAGAAAUGAGCCACAUUAUAACCCAGCACAGAAGAGCCCCCAGUCAGUCGCCUUCCCUAAACUUCUGUAUUUGGGUGACCAAAAUUUGCUGACUUGGACUGAUUCAGCUAUUUAUAUCUUCACACCUCAGAAUGGCCAAGUACUUCUGUGGACUGAAGUCAAAGAUUUGGUUGAUGUUGCGGUCUACCGCAGUGAGCUCUUCUGUCUCCAUGGCAGCGGGCGUCUGUCCCAUUACUCACUGUUGUCAGCAGAGCGCUGUGUUGAGCGUCUGCUGCGCAGAGAGUCCUGGCUUUUGGCCACAGUUGUCUGUUGUAUGUUCCAACAUGCCAUUACUACAAGCAGGGCUAGGAAAUCAAUUCCCAUUGACCGACUGGAACACCUGAAGUCUCAGCUGAGUUCCAGCACACAUCUGGAUCUGAUUGGCCAGCUGGAGGAAGUAAUCUUAAAGCUGGAGCCUCUGGACUCCGCCUCCAGCAGCCGCAGAAGCAGCAUCUCUUCCCAUGAGAGUUUUAAUGUCCUGGACUGUGGAAUCUACCGUGUGAUCAGCCGUAGAGGCAGUCAGUCAGACGAAGAGACAGGUUCCCUCAUCAAUCAGUCCAUGUCGGAGGAGGAGCGGCUCAGGGAGUUCAGUUUUGUGCAGGAGGAGGAUCAGGUGGAUCAUGAUCCACAGAGCAGUGAGCGUAUGGAGGGUGAACGAUCUGAACAAGGUCUACAGUUUCAUCUCCCCCUCUCUUUCCGUCCCAAACCCCCCCGCAUUGCACUGCAGGCCGUCAAAGAAAGUGUCUCCAGUUUUGUUAAGAAGACAACAGAGAAGAUCAACACCCUCCAGAUGAAUUCUGAGCUCUGGCAACGGCCGGACUUCAGAGAAGGUGUACAAGCAGAAUUUUCUGCUCCUACAGCUAUAUACUCUGAAGAAAUGGAAAAUGAGAUUUAUGCUGAAAUUCCCAACACUGAGGCAGACAUGGAGGAACUUCGAUCAGCAACAGACCGUACUCUCACCCAGAUCCAAGAUCCACUGGUGUUAUUGGAUCCAGUUUGCCUGGAAGACACUUUGCUGGAGUGGCUGCCAGUACUUGAGAGGAUUCUUGGACCCACAGAGGUUGCAUCAAAAACUGAUGGUCCAGGAGAGGAAAACUGGGAGGGGGAUUAUUUAAACACCAGUUCAGAGCAAAAGGACAAGUCCUGUUUAACAGGAGAACCAACAGGAAGCAUCUUACCAGAGAAGAAAGAAGAUUCCUCAGAGCUUGGAGAACGAGAGGACCAGUGUGAAAAACAGCUGGCAUCAGAUCACAAAGAGGAGCCUGAAGUUCCAAAUGGGACCACUACAGAGCCUGUGAGAGUGGUGUCUCCCAAACCUGUGCCAUCAGAUCUCCUGGCUAAUCUCACUCAGCUCGCCAUGCUCUACACAGAGCUGAGCUGCUUUAGGAAAGGGGGGGAUGUGCGUGCACUUGGCUGCACAACCUUUCUACGACGAUACUUUUUCCUCCUCGAUCAAGAACGUGUAAGGAGAAUGUGUCUACUAUGUUAUCAGGAGCAGCCCGAUGUACAGAGCUCCUUCAUUGAAGCCAUGCGAGAACUUUCCCAGUCCAGUAAGGUGGUGGAGGUCAUUCAAAGAGGGGAUUUGCUGAGGUCGCUGCGCAGCCUAAAAGAGCUGCAGUCCUGGAGUGCACCUGCUCUCCUCCCUCACUUAUACAGGCUGUAUGAGAAGCAUGGAGAGGCGGCUGUACGUACAUUUUCUCAGUUCUAUCCUACAAUAACUCCUGCUGAUGUAAUGGCUAUGGCUCAGCAAAGACACUUCCUGGCAUACCUGGACAAUCUGGUCCAGUCACGAACUGAGGAACACAGGUUGUCUUUUUUGCAGUCUCUUCUUGAACCAGAAUCGCUGCGACAGGAUUGGCUGGAGCUUGCACUUAUCCAUGAUGCUCCUCAACACUGUGAUACCCUGACCCCUGAUGGACAACCGAGGUGGCAUUCGCACUGUUUCAGUUGGGGAUAUGGACGCCUCCUUUCUCUGCUGGUUCGCCUUCCUGCAGACUUUUCCUCCAAGCAGAAGAUGGCAGAGUUGUGCCGCAGUCAUGGGUACUGGAUUGGAUACCUUUAUCUCUGUUGUGAGCUGCAGCGUCGCUCUGAGGCUUUUACCACCAUCUGUCAGUUGGAUGACAUUAGUCUGCUGGAGGGACCUGAUGGAAUUGAGCCUGUGACUCUGGAUGAGUGGAAGCUCCUGAUCCAGUUGUCUCAGCAGUACAGCAGUGUGCCGGAGCAACUCACAGGCGUGAAUGGGGGCAGCUGGUCUAACGGCUCUGCAGACUGCAGUGGAAGGGUCAGUCCAGAGAACCUGACCCUGAGGCUGGCUCGGACAGCCGGGCCCGACCGAGCUCUAGCUGUAUUGGAAGAAUGUGGAGUGCAACUGGUCCUUUCACCACACUCCACACUGGUCUGUGAGCUGCUGAGAGUAGCUGAGAAAAGGCAGAGGGCAAUGAUCCAAACGAUGCUUGAGCGCUGUGAUCGGUUCCUGUGGUCUCAGCAUGCCUAAAUCCAGAAACAAGUGAUGUUGAGCCGCUUCUCUAAACCAAACAAGUUGACUAAUACUUUAUGUAAGUCUUCCAUCUAACUGCUGUUGAAGCUGUGGGCUAAAAUUAUACUUUGUACUGUGAACUGUGUGCCUUUUGAGUUAAAAUAAUGUAUUGUGUUUUUAACUUUUACUUGAACUUGUUUUGCACAGAUCUUUUCAGUAUUAAGCUCUUCAUUCCAUUUACUGUAUAAUAUUUUGUAAUGAUUUGAGCUAAAUUGGAUUUUGCAUAAAAAGACAAUCAAAUAUUUGAUGCCCCAGACCUUUAAGAAAUGAAACACUGGAUUUUAUUAUGAUGAAAGAAAUGGGG